AUGGAUGCAGAAUAUGAGUCACAGUACGAUCCGGUCCCAAGAGAAUCUCAAUAUGAUAUUCGUAUACCUCAAGAUGAUCUUGAUGUAUUUCGGUCUGCCGAAUCAUCAACGGUCUCCGCGUCACCAGCCGCUCUCCACACCGGGUUUCAACAAAAGAGCUUAGAGCACAUCAACUCAUUCCGCAGUCGAUUCGCCAAUGCAGCUCAGAUUGCUAACAAGCAAAAAAUGAGAUAUAAUCGCAAAUUGGAAGCAGCCAUCCAGAAUUAUACUUCAAGCUGUGACCUUCUGGACGAAAUUGAGGAUAUGCCCACGUAUGCUAUUCUGGACAAAAAAUUUAUCGACAGCCACAUUCGGCAGACCGAAACACAUCAAGAUCAUCUUGAGGUAUACGAAUAUCAUAUUGAGAUUCUCUUGGGACCGGAUCGUACUGUGACUCAUAUUCUGCAUCCAUUGGCUACACAGGUCGGUUGCGCAUUGAUGGCUUCACCAUGUAAAUGGCCGAGAGGUCAUGAGGAAUGGCCGACAAUCGGCAAAAUUCAAACCAUCUGCCUUGUCGGAGAAGUUGCCGCAAUCGAAGGAAACGGGAGGAUCUAUGGAACGCCAGGAUCGAAAUGCUUGGAAGGACAAAAAGAUGGACUAUGUGUUUCGAAGGACAGCUGUGUUUGCGAUAAUUUUUAA